CCACAUCAACAUGUUCACUUUUAAAUAUACCUUAUCUCUCUCAAGUCAAGCUCUCCUUUCCAACCAACCACUAUGGCCAAGAUCGCUAUCGUCUACUACUCCACCUACGGCCACAUCGCCCAGUUGGCCGAGGCCGUCAAGAAGGGUGUCGAAUCCAUCGCAGGUGUCACCGCCGAUAUCUACCAAGUACAGGAAACUCUGCCUGACGAGAUUUUGGCUAAGAUGUACGCCGCCCCCAAAAAAGAUCACCCCAUCGCCACGCCGGAGACUCUGAAGGAGGCUGACGGCAUCCUGUUCGGCUUCCCCACGCGCUUCGGCUCGCUACCAGCGCAGAUGAAGGC